UCUGUCAAGAAAGUCAAUAGAAAUGGCGACAAUAAUAAUUAAACCCAAAAAUGUAAUACGAUGUACAUAAAGAUGGCUUCAAGAUAGUUUUUCAGCCUCGUAAAACAAUAAAUUCUAUAAAUAUGAAAAUGUCUACUCAUGUGCCAUAAAACAAAAGUUUUUAUUUAAAAUGUGUGAUUGCGCUGCAGAGGUAGACAAACGUAAGAAGGAGAAAAGUACACAGGCCACUUCGCCUUCGGCACCUUCGAGGUCAAGUUUUUCUUCAAUAUUCGAUGGGAUAGUAUCUUGGUUACCAUUGGUGGGCGGUACAGCUCUUGCUAUGGCUUUACUCGCUCUUUUAUAUAAAAUUGGUGGCAGUUCGUUGUCACGGGCAAAGAAAUUCAAGUCUUCAAUUUGUGCAACAAGAGCUGGAACUUCCGGUGCCAAGGCUAAUGAGAAGAAAAAGAAGUGGCCGGUGCACGAAAGAAAGAAGGAUAUUUGCGAAUGUUGAAUAAAUUCUUCAAGGUCCAAAAAUUAUAUAUGUUUUAUUGCA